AUGGCGCAUGGACAGCUUCGUCAGGAAAAUGAGGGCCACUUCGAUGAUGUGUGUACUGAAGAAAAAAGUGGCAUCAAGAUUAUUGAGGCAGACCAUGGCGAAACAACGAGAUCAAUCAACGGUGCAGAAAACCAUGAAAAAAAUGUGAGAACAGUCAACAUCGGAAUCUCCAAUUUGAGCUCUAGAGGGAUGGCGUUAUCGGCAUAUGUUAUCCAAACCAUACAUGGAUACCAGACUCGCAAGAUAAAGGCUAAAAACAACACCGACACACGACAAGUGGCCAGAAUGAAAUCGGCCAAGUGGUUCUGUGUGAGAGCACGCAGAGAAGCAGUAGAAGAUAAAACCUCCUCGAAGGGAAGAAACAAAACUGGGCAAUCGUCACGAGCAUCUGUGCCAUCCUAG